AUGUCUGCACCAAACUCCCGAAAGCGCAUGGCACCUGGCAUGUCGCCGGCUGUGCCCGUCCAGCAGCAAAACGUGCCGCCGCCAAUCCCAACCGACAACAUGUCCGAUGCGAUGACGCGCUGGAACGGCGCGGCUGACGCCUCUUCCUUUCUGGAGAAUAACGCCUAUGGCACAAAUCCAUACAUGAUUCCCAACACCGGCCAAUUUCAACAGCCUGUUCCGGGACCAUCAAACGCUGUGGCACGACGCCGUCUGAGCCAAUCCCUCUUACCAACGAAUCCACGCGGUGGAUAUAAUCCGAACGCAGAUCCUUGGGCCGGCUUUUCAGACAUCGAUGGAACACUCGUGCAACAAGGCAAUGGCGAAGGAAACCCGGAGGAAGAGAGCGUGGAGAAGCUGGAAGAGCUGGCAGCCAAGGCGAAACGGGACGCGCAGACGAAGCGAAAACAGAUACCGCCGUUUGUCCAGAAGCUUAGCAGACACAGCUUCUUGGAGGAGCGCAAAAACGAAGACCUUAUCCGCUGGUCGGAGAGGGGCGAUUCAUUCAUCGUGCUGGAUGAGGAUGAGUUUGCCAAGACAUUGAUUCCCGAGCUAUUUAAACACAACAACUACGCCUCUUUUGUUCGACAACUAAACAUGUACGGAUUUCACAAAUGCGUUGGCCUGUCUGACAAUUCAAUGCGCGCCAGCGAGAGAAAGAAUAAGAGCCCCAGCGAAUACAAGAACUCAUACUUCCGAAGAGGACAUCCUAACUUGUUAUGGCUCAUCAACAAGCCAAAGGGCAAGAAAGAAGCAACUGCUAAAAGUGCGUCCGGGCAAGCAGGUAGCGACGACGAGGCUGUCAACGAGGAGGCCACCAACCAGCCGGGCCCGAGCAACACCAAUGCACCCGCUGGUCGCACAUUGCCGUCCGCUGAAAGUGCCGCGCCACCCAAAAAGGAAAUCGCUGCGAUACGUGAAGAGCUCCACAAGGUGCAUGAGCAACAGAAACUCAUUCGUGGCGCUAUCAACGCCCUGCAGCAGAACAACAAUGAGCUCUACAACCAGGCGCUCGUAUUCCAGAACCAGCACAACCGACACCAAAACUCCAUCAAUGCCAUCCUCAACUUCCUCGCCAAUGUCUUCCGUAAGACGCUUGAAGACCAAAACGGCUCCUCCAACGUCAACGACAUCGUAUCAAGCAUGUUGACAAACCAGGGCCAGCAGGGACACGGUAGCGUGGUGAACCUCAGCGACUUCUUCCAAACACAGAUGGAUCCAGCAACCCCACACGCUGGUACCAUGGUCAAGCGCACGAGAGGCCUGCUGCCGCCCAUUCCUGGCCAGCAGGUUCCUGCUCAGCAGAGCCGGUCGCCGUCUGUGUCCAACUACCAGUCCAGCAGUAUACAAAAUCCUGAAAUGGGCCAUGUUACGGAGCUGCUUGACAAUGACACACCGCCUUCUCUGCGUCAAGAACUCGAGAUCAACCCGCAGGAGCGGAUGAUGAGAAUCAUCAACGACCACAAUGCUAGUAGCACGCCGACAGCGCUGGAUCCAGCGGCGGCCGAGCUCGUAGCCAACGCGCCUAACACGCUGAAUAACGAUCAGCGCAGCCAGCUCGUCAACUUCAUGGCCGGUCAGUCCUCGCCCGGGUCAGCAGCGAUACCGGGCUCUUCCGCGCCGCCGCACAGCAGCACGUCGCAGCCCGAUACCACCGCUAAGCCGUCGCCGCCGUCUCUGUCGCCGAUUAUGCGAUCGCCCGUGAUGGCGGCGCCGUCGCUGAGCCACAUCAACGCCAACCAAGAGGAGCUGCUGCGUCUGCAGCGUCUGCAAAAUGACCAGGACGCCAAGAUUAGCGAGCUGGGCGAGCUCCUGGGCCCGCUGAGCCCGUCGGGCCGCAUCCCCGGGCUGGAUGGGUCGGAGAGCUUCUUUGACGCGGCACCCAACGUGGACCUAGAUCAGUACUUCAACAGCGACGCCUUUCUUCACGAUAAUGGCUUCGACGACGGCAGUGACUUCAACUUCAACUUGGACGCUGAUGCGGCCGUCGCCGCCGCCGCGGACCAGCAGCAGAAGAGAAAUGACACGCUGAGCCCGACCGGCACAGAAGAGAUUCAACGAGACGACAUGAAUAGUCCUACGAGAGGUUCUAAGCGGCAGCGCAAGACCUAA